CUAAGAGAACAUGGGAUGUGCUGAGACUGAUGAGUCUAAUGGAAAAGACAGACAAGUGAACGUCUGUAACAUAAUGCACACAUGACUGGAGGACGCACAAGCUACCUGGAGGAGACUGGAUUACCUAACUUAGGCCUGCGGCCUGUUUUCCCUGAUGAUGGAGGAGGACUGAAUCCCAAUGAGUGUGAAAAUGUGUCAAGAAAUGAAAUGUCAGAAGAACUUGAAAUGGAUACGGUGGAUUCUUUGAUAGAUAUGCCAUUUGCUACUGUAGAUAUUAAAGAUGCUUGUGGAAUCAUUGAUGUACCUCAAAUAAAGUUGAAGAGAAAUAAAGAAAAUGAAUGUAUCAAGAGUGAUCAAAUGAAGAAGAGGAAAAAAAAGCAGAAAGAUUAUCAACCCAACUAUUUCCUAUCCAUUCCCAUCACCAACAAAGAGAUUAUAAAAGGAAUUAAGAUUCUUCAAAAUGAGAUAAUACAGCAAGAUAAGCGACUGGCCAAAGCCAUGGUCAGUGAUGGUUCUUUUCACGUUACCCUAUUAUUGAUGCAAUUAUUAAAUGAAGAUGAAAUAAACAUUGGUAUUGAUGCUCUCUUGGAAUUAAAACCACUCAUAGAAGAAAUCCUCCAAGGAAAAUAUUUGCCUUUGACUUUUCAAGGGAUUGGAACUUUUGGUGACCAGGUUGGAUUUGUGAAGCUGGCAGAAGGAGAUCACAUAAAUCUACUUUUAGAGAUAGCAGAGACUGCAAAAAGGACAUUUCAAGAAAAAGGUGUCAUGGUAGGAGAAAGCCAAAGUUUUAAGCCUCACUUGACCUUUAUGAAAUUGUCAAAGUCACCAUGGCUCCGUAAGAAUGGAGUGAAAAAAAUAGAACCUGAAUUGUAUGAAAAAUUUAUCAGUCAUAAAUUUGGAGAAGAAAUGUUAUAUCGUAUAGAUCUUUGCUCCAUGCUGAAGAAAAAACAGAGUAAUGGCUAUUAUCACUGUGAGUCUUCAAUUAUGAUUGGCAAGAAACCUAUUGAAAUCCAAGACUUAAUUAACGAAGCUUUGUAUCGAGAAAGAAUGAAAUUGAAGUCCAAAGUGAAACAGAUAAAGGAACUUUUAUUAAAGCCGGAGACUCAGGCUAAAAUUAGGAGGGAGCUUUUUGAAGAAAGACUUAUUCACAAUAAUCAAGGAAAUGAUGUUGAUUUCAGCAUGACUUUGACGUAAGCACUGUGUGAUAAAAUAGUUUAUGAUAUAUUUUCAGAUUACUAAAUAGCUCUUUGGUGAAUGCCAAAGAACUGUUCUGGUAGUGUAUGCACAACAGCAAACCAAUACUUGGUAAGGAAUUAACAAUUUCUUGCCAAACAAUACUGACUUUGUCCCCCCCCCCUUUUUUUUUUUAGCUAAACUUGUGUUUUAAAAUGUUUUUUUCUGUAAUGUUAUUUCAUAGAGAUUACUUCUUAAUUAGCUGUUGUGAGAUGUUCCUCGGGUCCUUGCAGGUAAAAACAGACUGUGAAAAAUUAUUUACAGACAAACAACAACAAUACAACUCGAAACCAACACUGCUUUAGGGUCCCCUGCCCUCUCUUAACCUGAUUGCUGUUGUUAAAUCAAGAUAAGCAUUGUCUCCAUGUUUAUAUAUCUAGUGUAACUUUUAAGGAGAAUUUGAAUGUUUAUUAAACAUUAGUACUUGAAAGAAGAUUUAUAAAUGUAAUAAUUGCAAUUACUGAUUAAGUGUGUUUUAUAAUAUCCAUAUGUGUUAUUUUUCACUGAUCAAAAUGAAGUUUGCUUUUUCAUUUCUUCAAGAAUGAAUGUUUUGGACUUUUUUUUUAUACUUCUUUGAGGUUAAGGCCCAGGUCUUACCAUAUCCCUGGUAAUCCGAAUUUGUUUGCACUGAUUCAUUUUUAAAGAGCGUUCUUGAAAAAUGUUCUCCUAUAAUGGUGGUUAUUGGUAAUGGCUUUUUCAAGUCAUUGUGAAAUUGCUGCUACUAAUAAAUCAUGACAGAAGGGGAAAUGACUGGACAUCAAAUAUGUAAUCACUUCAAAUAUAGACUCCACUUUGCUCAUGGAUUUUUAGCUAUUUUUUCACAGGG